AUGGAGUCCCAGCCAGAGCCCGCAGCGAACGAGGCGCGCACAGCCAACCGCCGCCGCUUCGAGCUCGAGCUCGAGUUUGUGCAGUCGCUCGCGAACCCCUUCUACCUCAACUCGCUCGCCCAGCAAGGCCUCUUGAGUCAGCCCGCGUUCAUCAACUUCCUGACCUACCUUCUGUAUUGGAAAGAGAAGGACUACGCGCGGUUUAUCUUGUAUCCACAUGCCCUGCAUCACCUAGAGCUUCUGCAGCAUCCCGAGUUUCGUUCUGCGAUCGGAAAGGACAACUGGCGGGAAAUUCUCCACCAAAAGCAGUUCGACCACUGGAGAACGUGGCGAGAUCCAAACCGCAUACAGACUGCGGACCCACCGUCGCAGCUGGACGGUCCUAGCGGGACCUCCGGCGCCGGACCGCCCGCUCCUGCCAACAGCCAGAACGGCGCCGUCGUCAACGGCAGUUGA